UGUCCCAAUGCAUCCUUUUUUUUUUCAUCAUGCAUGUGCCCCAUUGGGAAACAAGAUUAAGGAUAUAUGUAUUCAUGAGAUGCAAUACAAGAGCAGUGUCAAAGAAUUCAGCGUUGCUACAAAUAAUGAUUCUUUCAUAAAACUUUAAUCAUGGGGUAUGAGAAAUGCACAUACUGAGAGGAGUCGAGAAUUACAUCAAACUGCAAUCAUAAACAUAUUACUGAAUGUUUCUAUCGUGGUAAAAGAAGCAUUUCUUAUCUUUAAAAAAUAGAUAUUCUGACGUAGCUCCUUGUAUUUGAGCUUCUUUUAUGGCAAAAAUCAUGAAAAAUUGCUGUCUAAAGCUUAUCAAGCACAACUAAGUGCCAAAACAACAACACCAGCAGUCCUGGAAGAUAGCUCGAACUUUUAUGGGUUUCCAAUUGUGCACAAAGAGAAUUGGAAAGUAAUCAUGAAGCUUCCCUUGCAUAAUAAUAAUGACAAGUAGAUAAAAAACAAAAAAAAAACAAAUGCAUAUUGAUUAAGCGUACUAUCCUGUGAAGGUGAUUUGAAGGCGGCGGUAGCCUUUCAGUGCAUACAUCACCACCCUGGCUGACACUAAUGGCUUUGCCACGCUAACCUUUUGGCACACUCCCACUGGCUCCCCUCCCUCCUUCCUUCUCUCCUGCUCCCAUCCCCUCCCAUCCUCCUUUUCCCCACGGCGUCAUCAUCGGGGGUGCUCAUUUAAGGCGGCGGAGAAACAACUUUUUGUUGUCUCUUCCAUGGAGGCGAGUGAGGAGGAGCGGAGCAUGAUGAUGGCUCUCGAGGACUUUAUUUAAGCACUGGCCAAUCUGAGAGGGCUCUUUAAUUGCUCUACUAAUUGAACUGGACAUUGCCUUGACCUUCUACAUUAUUUGCAGGUCGUGGUGACUCUCCAAAUAUGAUUCACCCUCUCCAAGUUCAAGUUGUUCCUGAACUGGUUCCGAACAAAAUGGCAGAGUUAAACAUCAGCCACCUGUUGACGGCUCCUUUUCCUGAUAAAUUGGAUUAUAACAUUGACAACUACGACGUGGACUAUGGCAUUCCGCCCGAUGAGAUCCCUGACACUACACAGGGUCUGGCCUUCUACGUGGCCACCAUCAUCAUCGGCGUUGUCCUCGCUUGCAUCAUGCUGGUAUGCGGCUUGGGGAAUUUCAUUUUCAUCGCUACGUUGACGCGUUACAAGAAGCUGCGCAACCUCACUAACUUGCUCAUCGCCAACUUGGCCAUCUCGGACUUCCUCGUAGCGGUGGUGUGCUGUCCAUUCCUUGUAGACUACUAUGUGGUCAAACAGCUGUCGUGGGAUCAUGGGUUGGUGCUGUGCGCUUCGGUCAACUAUCUACGCACCGUGUCGCUCUACGUGUCCACAAACGCCUUGCUCGCCAUUGCAGUGGACAGGUACAUGGCCAUCGUUCAUCCUCUGAAGCCUCGAAUGAAGUACGAAACCGCCUACUGCCUGAUAACCGGAGUCUGGAUUAUUCCCAUUCUCAUUUCAAUUCCCUCGGCUUACUUUGCCUCGGAAACCAUGUACCCUCACGGACGCAUCACGACGACCGCUCACAAAGUCUUCUGCGCUCAAAUCUGGCCCGUGGACCAACAGGCCUACUACCGCUCCUACUUUUUGCUCGUAUUCGCCAUAGAGUUUGUCGGACCCGUGGUUGUCAUGGCGAUGUGUUAUACUCAAAUUUCCCGCGAGCUCUGGUUCAAGAAUGUGCCUGGUUUCCAGACGGAGCAGAUAAGAAAGCGACUGCGCUGUCGCCGCAAAACUGUGAUGGUCCUUAUUGGGAUAUUAAUGGCAUACAUCCUGUGCUGGGCUCCGUACUACGGCUUCACGAUCCUGCGGGACUUCCACCCGACGCUAAUCUCCCGUGAGAAGAACUCACUGGUGGUCUUCUACAUCAUCGAAUGCCUUGCAAUGAGCAACAGCAUGAUCAAUACCAUCUGCUUUGUCAGCGUCAAGAACAACACGGUCACGUAUCUGAAGAAGAUUGUGCUGGUGCGAUGGAGGUCAACUUACGCCCCCACUAGGACUGCGGAUGAACUCGAUUUAAGGACCUCGUCCUUGCCUGUCACAGAGGAAAUUGAAUGCAUUCAUCUGAGGUAAACACGGCCAUUAAAAUCUGGAUUGCUCAUGUGAAGAAUGGACUAGGAAUCAAUGAGGACGCUCAAUUACAUGUCACGGGUAUUAUUUACUGUAAUGCGAAAGCACACGAGGGGACAAAUGCAGCAUAGAUUUCAGACAAAACAAGGAACGGAAAAACAAAUUAAUUAGGAGCAAAUCGCACGAAAGCUUUGGCAUAUCUGUUGCUAAAAUUGCCUGACUUGAUGUGCUCUGAAAAACAGCAAAUCCUGUUUACAGCAAUGUUUGCAAAUAUGACGAACAAACAGGUCAGAACGUGGGAUGUUUAAUUAAGUUCUGGCAUACAUAGCAUGACAGAGUUUUUUUUUUGUUUUUUUAACAUGCAAAAUAUGUUGGUUUUCCUGCUUAUUUGGAGCACGCUACUGUAUCUUAUGUCUCUUUGCGGUUUAUGAAUUUGCGGCAGUAUUUUCUGAGCCAAGGAGCAAAUUUUACAGCGCCAAAAUAUACAGUAGAUUGAAUUUCUGAUCUCGUCUCAGUUAAAACCUCCAUUUACUUUCUCACUGUGAAAUCUGGCCCUGAUGAAUUAAUGAUCACAAAGUUAGUUGUGGGAAUGUCGUCAGGGCAGACAUAAAACUGAAUCCUGCUGGAUGCGAUCAAUGGCAAGAGCAUUUAAGCAUUCCGCUUGUCACUGUACAUCGCUGACAUAGAUAAACGAAGUGAACACAAGGUUAACGUAAUUUGUAGUAAAUAAUCAGGCACACCCUUGAUCUUUCAUUUUACACCAAUGAGCCGCAGUAGUUGGAAAUCAUUACAUUUUUAUGUAAAAAAAAA